UCCCCCAAGUGACGAAAUUACUUGGUAAUUUCAAAGAAGUGAAUCUUUCUCUAAAGCUGAGGUGUCAUAGAGCUCUGAACCGAGACACAUGGCCUAUUUCCUCCAGAGAUUGUUCCUGUUUUUCCUCUUCUACCUACUUACAGAGUCAAGUGCUUCUGGAGAGGACUCAGUCCCAUUAAUCGUGACUGGAAUUCUGGGGGAGUCUGUUAUUCUCCCAUUAAAAAUUCCAAAAGAACAUCAGAUUACAUAUGUUGCCUGGAAUUCCCAAAGAUCUCUUGCCACCUUAAUAACAGAAGAGGGAAAUCCACCCAAAAUAAUUAUAAAUCCUUAUUAUAAGGAGAGAGUGGAUUUCCUCAAUGAAAACAAUAUCUAUAGUCCACGGAUCAGUCACCUGAAGAUGGAGGAUGCUGGCUCCUAUACAGCAGAAAUAACUAUGGCAAACAUCCCUAACCCCAUUAGAAAGUUGUUCAACAUCUUCAUCCAUGAACGACUGACAAAGCCAAAAAUUAUGUCAGAUACUAGGAUCAAUGAUAAUGGUACCUGUCUCAUCAAUGUGACAUGUUUUGUGGAACAAGUAAGAGAGAAUGUUACAUACAACUGGAUACCUUUGGGACAGAGAACUAAUGUAACCAGUGAAGGACACGUCCUCCACAUCAGAUGGAAACCUGGUGACCAUGACCAGUAUACCUGUACUGCCAGGAACCCUGUCAGCAACAGCACCUAUACUAUUCUUGCCAGUAAACUCUGUGAAGGUUUUGAACAUGACAAAAGCUACAUCACAGUCCCGUGCCUUGUGAUAUCUACCAUCUCAGUUAUUUUCUUUAUCUUGGGACUGUCUUUCUGGCAUAUUCAGAGAAAGAAAAAAAAAGAGACAGAUGCAGGAGACCAGAAGUGUACUACUUAUGAAUCAAUUUCUAAUCUAAAUCCUGCGGCUAUAGAAAUCACAGAGUAUGCUACAGUUUCACAUCCUAAAAAGAACAUCCAAAAUAAUUUGGAAGCACUCAAUACAGUGUAUGUCAUUGUGAAGAAUCCUACAAUGGUGGAUAAAUCUAACACUCUUGAAAAGAAGGCAAGAUCUUCAGGAAUAUUAGACUUUGGGCAAAGAAUUGGAAACUGAGGAGAUGCCCAUCACUUGGAGGAUGAUGGAAUGAACUGCAAUAUGAGAUUAUGAUAGAAUAUUUUUGUUCUAUGGGAAAUGAUGAGCAGGAUGCACUCAGAAAAACUUGGAAAAGCCUCCAUUAACUCAAGCAAAGUGAAAUGUACUGUGUAAAAAGUAAUGGCAGUGCUGUGGGAUGAUCAGCUGUAGGUGGCUUUACUAAUCUCAGCAAUAUAAUGAUCCACAACUACUCGGAAAGAUUUAUGGCAAAAAAUGCUAUCCAUAUCAAGAGAAAGAACUGAUUGUGUCUGAAUACAGAUUGAAACAUAAAUCUUUUUUAAACCUGUUUUUAAAA